AUGAUUUCACAGAUGCUGUCGUUAUUGUUUUGUCUGAGUGUCGCAUCAGCUGUGCUUGUCGAUCCGAAUCAUGAUCGUCAAGAAUACUACUCCACAGGAAAUCCAAAGGGCUGGCAAUAUUUCAAACAAUACCAUCCUCCUAGUUCACCAGUUUUGUUUACUGCAGACACCCAUGUGUAUCCGAAGUAUGAAUUUGAAUACGCAGUUUCUGACAAACGGACCGGAGAUCAUAAACAUCACUAUGAAACAAGAGACGGUAACAAAGUCCGCGGAGAGUAUAGUCUUGUGGAACCAGAUGGCUCCUUCAGAAAAGUGCAAUAUAACGCUGACCACCAUAAUGGAUUUAAUGCCGUCGUUAGUAAAACUGUUCACAAGCAUGGCGACCACGCUUUCUCGAUAUUCGGUCAUACUCAGCACUUCAUGCCACUUGGACAAGGCGUAAAGAUCAAUAAAUUCUUCCCUAAGAAAGGCUAUAGUCCUUAUAAUCCCAUUGAAAUAAAUAAAAACCUUGAUAACACUGCAACACAAACUAUAGAGGAGAUUGAGGUACCUGCCUUUGAAAGUAAAAAUACUUCGACUGUUUCUGACGUCACUGAGAAAUACGAACCCACAAAUGUUCCAAUUUUGGAAACAUCAACAAAAGCAAGCAAUUAUGAAUUGCCAAUCAUUAAAAUGGAAGCCGUAGAAGGCCCUUUGGUUCAGGUAUUACCAACGGAAAUAUCGACAACAACUAACAGCAUACCAGACAAAGAUGCAGAAAGCGCAUACGCUUAUAAAUAUUCUGAAAAGAAUGAAGGUUAUUCCUUAAGUGGAAACAACUCGACAGAUGAAGAUACUAUAGUAAAAGAACAUUAUCCUGAUUCAGAAGUUGCUUCAUCAUAUUAUUCUAGAAUUUACUAUGUUGGUUUUUAA